GUUUCACGUGGUUGAAAUAAGCAUGUUGUGAUGGACCGUAGUUUGCCAAAUUAUAUUUAUGUAAACAGUGACUAUUUGAAUUAACAAUUCAGCACUGCUGAUCCCUUUUUGACUUAAUCAUGAAAUUCGCUUACAGGUUUUCCAACCUGCUAGGUACAGUUUAUAAAAAUGGUAAUCUUAAUUUUACACCAGAUGGUAACAGUAUUAUUAGUCCAGUUGGAAACAGAUUGACUAUCUUUGAUUUAAGAAAUAAUAAAUCAGAAACAUUACCAAUAGAAGCUAAACAGAAUAUAUCCCAUGUUACACUUUCUCCUGAUGGUUAUACUAUGAUAGCCGUCUCCAAUGAUGGUGAAGCGAUGUUAUGUAGUUUAAUCAGUAAGAGUAUACUAGGAACACACAAUUUUCACAGACCAAUACAUUGUGUUAAAUUCAGUCCAAAUGGCAAAAAAUUUGCUGUUACUCGAGAAAACAUGGUGGACAUAUUUCACGCUCCAGGGAGAACGAGAGAAUUUAACCCAUUUACUAUUUAUAAGAAAUUUCACGGUGCUUAUGAUGAAACAACGUGUAUAGAUUGGACAAGUGAUUCAAGUGCAAUAUGUGUAGGAAGUAAAGAUAUGAAUACCAGAGUUUAUGGAGCAGAAAAGUUUACUAAUUUAAUUGUCUUUACUUUAGGAGGUCAUAAAGGUGCCAUUAUUGGGUCAUUCUUUGUGACAAAUUCUUUAAAUGUUUUAUCAGUCAGUGAUGAUUGUAAAGCUUCAUUUUGGGAAUCUGAUAAAGAAUUAAAAGAUCUAGAAUUAGCACCAGUAGGAGGAUCAGAUAAACCUGCUAAAAAGAAAAGUGGAAAAAUGAAUAAAAAAGGUGUUGAUAUGGUCAAGUAUGAAAGAACAGAAAAACAAAAAUUACGAUCUGGAUCAGUGCGAAUGACCUGUGCUGCUUUUCAUAAAGCUAAUAAUUUAUUAGUUACUGGUUACAGUGAUGGUGGAUUUCUUCUUAAUGAGAUGCCAGGUUUUAAUCUGAUACAUUCUUUAAGUAUUUCUGAGCAAUCAGUAAAAUCAGUUGAUAUAAAUCUGACUGGUGAUUGGAUAGGUGUAGCAUGUUCACAACAAGGACAAUUACUGGUGUGGGAAUGGCAGAGUGAAUCGUAUGUCAUGAAACAACAAGGUCAUUUUAACAACAUGACAUGUCUCGAAUAUUCACCAGAUGGACAAAAUAUUGUCACCGGAGGCGAUGAUGGAAAGGUGAAAGUAUGGAAUACAAGUAGUGGAUUUUGUUUUAUAACGUUUAAUGAACAUCUUAGUGGUAUAUCAGGAGUAGCAUUUAGUCAAUAUGGUCAAGUUGUUGUAUCAUGUUCUUUAGAUGGUACUGUUCGGGCUUUUGAUCUUAACAGAUAUCGUAACUUUCGAACGUUUACCUCCCCUCGUCCAGUACAGUUUUCAUGUUUAGCAUUAGAUCAUAGUGGAGAAAUAGUAUGUGCUGGAGGUCAAGAUUCAUUUGAAAUAUUUGUUUGGUCAAUGCAAACGGGUAGAUUAUUAGAAGUACUGACAGGUCAUCAAGGACCAAUCAGUUGUCUUAGUUUUAGUUCUAGUAGAGCCAUGUUAGCUAGUGCAUCAUGGGAUAAAACAGUUAAAAUAUGGGAUGUAUUUGAAAGUAAAGGAUCUAAAGAAACGAUACAUUUACUUACUGAUGUUCUUUCUUUAACAUUCCGACCAGAUGGACAGGAAUUAGCUGUAUCAACAUUAAAUGGCCAGAUAUCAUUCUGGAAUCCUUAUACGGCUGUACAGAUAGGAUCGGUAGAGGGUAGACAUGAUCUAGGCUAUAGUAGAAAAGAUACAGAUAAAGUUACUGCCAAAAAACUCUCAGAGGGAAAAUAUUUUAAUACAUUGUGUUAUAGUGCUGAUGGAAAAUGUUUAUUAGCUGGCGGACAGUCUAAAAAUAUCUGUAUUUAUUCUGUAGCCGAUCAGAUUCUCAUGAAGAAAUUCGAAAUCUCUUGUAAUCGUUCAUUUGAUGGCAUGGAGGAAUAUCUUGAUAGAAGAAAAAUGACAGAAUGGGGAAGUUUAGCUUUAGUUGAUGCUGGGGAAGGGGAGCAGGAUGGAGUAACUUUAAAUUUACCAGGUGUAAAGAAAGGAGAUUUAAGUUCUCGUCAUUUUAAACCAGAAGUACGAGUAGCCUGUGUUCGAUUCUCACCUACAGGAAGAGCAUUUUCUGCCACGACAACAGAAGGUUUAUUGAUAUACUCUCUAGAUCAUAAUUUAGUUUUUGAUCCAUUUGAAUUAGAAAUGGACAUAACUCCAGCAAAUAUCAGAAAAACUUUACAUAAUGAAAACUUUUCCAAGGCACUAAUGUUAAGUUUCCGACUGAAUGAACAGAAUCUUGUUGAAGAAGUUAUAGAAAAUAUUCCUGUAAAAGAUAUUGAUGUGAUUUGUCAGAAUCUUCCUAAUGUCUACAUAGAUAAAUUAUUAAACUUCAUAGCUACACAAAUAGAAUCAUCAGCCCACAUACAGUUUUAUCUCAUAUGGUUACAGUGUUUAUUAAUGCAACAUGGUCCACAAUUAAAACAACGAUCACAGUCACUAAUGGCAACUCUUAGAUCGUUACAGAAAAAUGUCACUAGAAAAUAUGAAGAUAUAAGUAAAAUAUGUGAUCAUAAUAAAUAUAAUCUUCAGUUUAUACAAGUAUUGUCACAAACAUGUCAGAUUGAAGGAAAACGAAAACAUAAAACAAAUUUAAAAGACAUAACAAAACAAACUUCUGAUAAUGAAAGUGAGGAAGACAGUGUUAGUGAAAGUGAAGCUGAUAUAAAUAUGGCACUAGAAGAACAAUCAGAAUCUGACAGCAACACAGAAUUUUUUAUACCAUAAAAAAAAAUGUCUUUUUAAUAAAAUUACAAAAUGAAAAUGUUAUUGUUUAA